AUGGAAGACGCUGUGCGCAAUACAAAGAAACGGCGCGCGAGCAGACCAAAAGCUCGUACGGGAUGUACAGCUUGCAAGAGCCGGCGUGUCAAAUGCGAUGAGACAAAGCCAAAAUGUGAUCGAUGUGAAGAAUACGGGGCAUUCUGCGAGUACCAGCUCCCUCGACCCAAAGAAGCGGCAUACAAGGUCGAGGAUAGCACCAGGGACCUCAUUCCUAUUCAACCUCGACAUCCAGUGCAGCCUAUGUCUAAUCCUUCAGAUUCUCUUUGCUGCGACGAGGUAGAAGCCCGGUAUUUUGGAAUAUUUCACGAGAAGCUGGCCUUCGAUUUGAGUGGUUAUCAUGAAGCUCCCUUUUGGACUCGGCUCAUACCACAACAAUGCCAUCACAACCCAGGGAUAAAACACGCAAUUUUGGCACUCAGUGCUCUGUACAAAUCUGCAUUAUCGUCUAGUUCUCAUACGGUUAAUCUGAACGAUGAGCAUUAUAGCUUUGCUUUGGUACAGCAGAGGCAAGCCAUUCGAUCGCUGCGCAAUGAUCUGUCUAGUGGACAACCUCAGAUGAGGCUUGCGCUCGUAGCGAGUCUACUCUUUUCAUGCUUUGAGAGUUUCCAUGGGGACUGGGAGACAGCGACACACCAGGUAUAUAACGGAUUCAAUAUCUUGAAGCAUCUCAGUGACGACGAGAGACGGGAAACGACCGAUAGCCUUGCUGAUAUUGAUAUCGAGGUGGGGCUAACUUUGCGUCGCCUCGAGCUGCAAAUAUUGUCAUUUCUCGCUAUGAGCCCCAUGUUGGAGCAGCAUCCGAAUAACCUGAAUCUUGAGGAAACCGUAUUGGAUCUGCCGGAUCAGUUCACUAGCUUCAACGAAGCUUUCACAGCAGUGACUAAACUUGCUGUUUCCAUUCUUCGACAUUCCAAGAUAUCUGUCCGCUGCGAAAAUGAUUCAGCAUCUCAGGACUUUCUUGCACAACAGAAACAGCACCUCCAGAGAUUAAUGGAUCAAUGGGGCAAGGCAUAUGAAGCUAUGUUUCUCGAAGCAUGCCAAAACAUUACUGACAGAGAGCAUCUUGGCAUCCUCCAAGUUCGAAUAUGUGCCUGGAAGUGCGAAAUUCUGAUUGCUACGAGCAUGUCUGACACUGAAGUCGUCUUCGACGAUUUCACAGCGCAAUUCCAAAGGAUCACCCAUUUUGCGCGAUAUGUACUCCAGAAGGAUCAGGAACUUCGGGACUUGGAUGGCCCGAGAUUGCAAUAUGGCAUGGGACUGAUCAUGGCAUUGUUCUUUACAGCUACCAGAUGCCGGAACUUCUUCGUGCGCAGGGAGGCUAUCGCUAUACUCCGGGAAUGGCCUUGCACUAAUGGAAUCUGGCACAGUUUGCAGGCGGCAAAGGUUGCCGAGUGGAUAGUGAGCAUCGAGGAACAGAGCUGUAGUGGACUAGAAUUCAUUCCGGCAGAGUGUCGGGUGAAGUUGCCGAGUUUGAGAGUGAACUUGAAAAAGGGUGUGAUUGCUGUGGAAUGCAUGCAGCCUUCUGCUGAUGGUAUCUUGGAACCCCGAAAAGCAAACCUCAAUUGGCCUUGA